AAAUACUAUCACAGUUGGCAGGUCUAAAUAAGGCUAAACUAGAAGUAAACACUAAUACAAACAUUAUCUUUGCAGAAUGAGUGUGUUAGGGGAGAAGGAUGCAGCCAUUGUUAAACAGCUGGAUGCUGGAUUGAAAUGCAGCUGGAACUGGUCCUGGCUAAAACUGGAGGGCAAGGUUUAAAAAAAAGGGCAAGAGGUGUCCUUUCAUCUCGGAGAUGUAUUCUCCAAAAUCAACAGGCAGGGAUUCGCCAGAUGCAUUCUCUGCAUCAAAGAUAUAAAUUAUGCUACCAAAGGCAGCCAUGCUCUGCAAGCUCACUGCCAGACGGAAGUUCACCAGAAAAAGGUGCAGAUGAUAGCUUCCACUCGGAGUCUUGCCAGCAUCUUACUUCCAGCAUCAGCUAACCAGAGUGCAGCAAGCCAGAGUCAAGCAUGCCAGGGGCCAGAAACAAUCAGGCAGCAGUGCCAGGGAAAGAUCCAUGUACCAGUUACAAACCGCAUAGCAAUUGCAGAGGUAGGUGUUGUAGGCUUGUUUGUCAGCACAGGCAGCAUAGACAGAGUACACUAGCACUUUGAGAUUGUUUAUUCAAUGUAAAGUGCACUACAAAUAAAAUGCAUUAUUAUUAUUCUUAUUAUUAUUCACAAUCAGCUCCGGUCACUGGCAGCAACAUCACCUAAACAUGGAAUACACUAGCUUUACAUUAAUGACAUAAUUUGUGUUCUAGGCAAUGGUCCUUGGAACCUUGGCGGAGCAUUCCAUCCCGUUUUCUAAGGCUCCUGUAAUUGUUGAGCUUGCCCAGAUCCUUUCCUUGGAUAAAACAGCUUUGCAAGGAAUGAAGAUGACACGCACGGCAGCUUCAUACAAGAUGAUCCAUGGUCUAGGGCGGACCUACUCUGAAAGGACCUUUUCAAACAUGAAGAGAUUUCCCUUUUCGUUAAAUUUAGACGAGAGUACCUCCAACAACAACAAAAAGGUCCUCACCAUGCUUGUUUGUUACUAUCAUGCAGACUUGAGGAAGGUGAUAGUGGAGCAUUUGGGGUCCUUGGAGAUUGUGAAGGUGAAUGCUGCUUCUUUAGAGAAGUUGCUCUGUGAGUUCUUUGAGAAAAAUAACAUCCCGUGGAAUAACCUUGUGAGUAUGCUGAUGGACUCGUGUGCUGUGAUGAGGGGCAGCAAGACUGGCCUCGAGACCAGGAUGCACCAAUACUGUCCCAACCUGCUCGAUGUUGAUGGGGACUUGUGUCAUCAUAUGCACAAUGCGGCAAAAAAGUUCUCAGAGCCCUUUGACAGCUACUUAGAGAAGCUGUUCAGUGAUCUCCAGGUUGACCAUCAGUGGAGUCCAGACCAGGUGAUGUACCUAAAGGAGAUCGCUAUGAUUCUAAAUCUCCCCACCUCCAGCCCACAGAGGGGCUUUGUUCCUUAUCGCUGGCUGUCUGCAUACGAUGCCAGCAUGGCAACCCAUGCCAUGAUGCCUGCAUACAAAGUCCUCUAUUAUGGCUACCUCUCCACUGCAGAUAAGGAGCUGUAUAGGGAGCCUUUGGAACUCAUGUACAUAAAGUACCACGUCAACCAGGCGGCAAGAGCCAGGAUCAAGGUAGUUCAGGAGGAACUCAACAGGAAAGGCAUGACUCCACAAGGCCGUGAGAGAAAAAAGAGGGUAUGUCAGAAGCUGUGGCAUGAGGAGACGACAACAGUCCUACGGCUCAGCAUCUACAUGGGUGUGCUGGCUAUUCUCAAGGAGUAUGUCAUGGUUUUCCAGGGUAGCCAGACAUUGGCUCACAAACUCCAUGAUCGGCAGCUUGAGCUGUUCCUGGCCUUCCUGGCUUGCUUCAUGAAGGCCGAACACAUUACUCAGCUGUCUCCCAGGGCUCUGAGGGAGAUGGUCCUGGAGGAACAUAUGCUGCUGCCCUCUAAGGACGUCUAUGUGGGACAGGAGGCUGAUGCGUUCAGGAGCCAGAAACCCAAACAUGCUCUAUUGGUUCCAUUCCUAGCAGACGUCAGGAAAGCUUACAUCACCACUGCAGUGUACCUCCAGAAGAAGCUCCCCUUGGCCAGUCCGACUCUGACAGCCCUGUCCGCUCUGGACCCUCUUCUGAGAGGCCACUCACAGGCAACCAUCCAGUUGAAGAGGCUGAGUGGUAUGCUGAGGCACCUCUUGCCAGCAGACCAGGACAUCCAGCGAGAACUUGUGCGGUUUAGUGUUGACCUGACCAGCCCCAGUUUCAAGGAGGGAGAGAGCAUUGUGGAGUGGUGGGGUCAUGUCUUUGACCAGCCAGAUAAGUACCCCUCCCUGAGUGCAAUGGUUAAAUGUUGCCUCUCCAUCUUUCACGGACCAAGAGUUGAGUCGUCUUUUAGUCUGAUGAAUGACGUAAUUGACCAAAGGAGUGGCAACAUGAAUGUACCGACAUUUAAUGCAAUCCAGACUGUCAAAUACACCCUGCAGUCCAGGGGGAAGACAGCCAUGCAGCUCUUCAGAAGGGACAAUGUGAAGUUUGGGGAGGUGGACAGAACUCUAUGUAAGAACAUCAACUCGGCAGCAGCCACAUACAAACGCCAGCAGAAGAUGAAUCGGGAAAAAAAGCAGCAGCAGCAGAUCAAGUAUGGCUCCCAAGCAUCUGGCAGUGCUCAGCAGGCCAAGAAGCAGAAUGCUGAAGAAGAGAAAAGGGCGAGGCUGAGACAUGUGGCCAAACAGCGGAAGCGGGCCAUGGAGACACUGGUGACAGAGAAAAGAAAAUGAUAAUACGAACUGUAAUCUUACAGUUUUUCUCGAUUUCAUCCUCAGAUUAUUUCUGCGCAAGACACGGUCCAGUGUUGAUAAAUUUACCCUAUCAAUAUUUUGAAAUAUUUCAUUGUUUUCUAUUAUUACUCUAACUCCUCUGGCUCUGCCUCUGUUUCUAAUGUUGGCAUCCAUUGCUCCAAAACAGAAGAGCUCACCUGUUGCCCUUUUAUGCUAAAGCUCUGAUUGCUAAUUGUAACACUGUGUGACAGGUGUUUGCCCAUGUGAUGAGUCAGUGUGCAUAGUAGGGCAAUUGACUUUAGAAUUUAGAAUAAAUAAAAUUGUGCCAAAUGC